AAAAACUUCUUAUGCAUCUAUUUUCGUAUAUUAAGUUUUAACUGCUGCUAAAUUAGGAGGAGAAUUUAUAUUUACUUUUAAUUAAUCGAGUUGUUUGCUUUAUAAUUAGGUAUAUGCUGGUUUGUUUUGUUUAAUCAGCAAAUUGUUCAUUUUUGGAAAUUUGAAGUUAAUAUGUUGGUAAUGUGGGUUAUAUGUGGAGCUUUGGAAUUUAGGGAUUUUGGGUUUGAAGAAUUUUGAUGCUAUUGAAAUUUGUUGAGGCUUGGUGAAAAUGGACAAAAAUUUGAUGGAUAAAGUUAGUGCCUUUGGUGAACGCCUCAAAGUUGAAGGAGCUGAGGUGGGUAGAAAGGUCAGUGCUGGCAUGAGUUCAAUGAGCUUCAAGAUGAAGGAGCUCUUCCAAGGCCCUAACCCAGCUGAUCAACUUGUCGAGGAUGCCACCUCUGAGGCCCUUGAUGAGCCUGAUUGGGCCGUGAAUCUUGAUAUUUGUGACAUGAUAAACCAUGAAAGAGUUAACAGUGUAGAUUUAAUCCGUGGCAUAAAGCGGAGGUUAAUGUUGAAGAGCCCUAGGAUUCAAUACUUGUCAUUGGUGUUGCUGGAAACUUGUGUCAAGAACUGUGACCAGGCAUUUUCGGAGGUGGCAGCGGAGAGGGUUCUUGAUGAGAUGGUUAAUCUAAUUGAUGACCCUCAGACUGUUGUUAAUAAUCGGAACAAAGCUUUGAUGCUUAUUGAAGCGUGGGGAGAGUCAACCAGUGAGCUCCGCUAUUUGCCUAUUUACGAGGAAACUUACAAGAGAUUAAAAUCAAAGGGUAUUUGCUUUCCGGGUCGUGAUAAUGAGAGUUUGGCACCUAUUUUUACCCCUAGUCAUUCAAUUUCUGCACCAGAAGUGGAUGUUAGUCUUGCACAUCAGUUUCAACAUGACAUGCAGCUUCAGCACGAUAUUCCUGUCCAAAGCUUUACAGCUGAACAAACUAAGGAAGCAUUUGAUGUGGCAAGAAACAGCAUUCAGCUUCUUUCAACUGUGCUAUCCUCAUCACCCCAACGAGAUGCUCUCAAGGAUGACUUAACAACUACUCUUGUCCAACAAUGUCGCCAAUCCCAGUCCACUGUUCUAAGAAUCAUCGAGACUGCUGGAAAUAAUGAGGCCCUCCUUUUUGAAGCUUUAAAUGUCAAUGAUGAUCUCCAGAAAGCUCUCUCAAUGUAUGAAGAGUUGAGGAAGCCAUCUGUUGUUCCUCAUGAACCCGAACCCACUAUGAUUCCUGUGGCCGUUGAGCCUGACGAUUCACCCCUCAAUACAAAACAUGAUGCCUUGAUUAGAAAACCAGCAGGUACACGACAUGGGAGUCAUGGGGGAAGCAGCGACGACAUGAUGGAUGAUCUCGAUGAAAUGAUUUUCGGAAAGAAAGGUGGGGAUUCAUCUGAAGGAGGGCAGGAUUCAAAGAAUCAGCAAGCACCAAUAGAUGAUCUAAUCACAUUAUGAGUGUUACUCAUAACACUACAAAUAUCCCAUUAUUUAGGACACAAAGGCCCAUGCCAGGCCAUUGUAGGCAUUGAACGACAAGUUUGAAUGAAAAACCUUUUUUUUUUCACAUACAACCAUUGAUUAUUGGUGCAAAACGAUGUGUAAGUAAUUCAUGACUGGAUUCAUUAUUUGAAGAGUAUACAAUACAUCAUUCAUGGGAGGAUUGGUACGGACUUAA